UCUACGUUGUCUAUUUUGUUCUGUUGUUCUGUGCGUCUGUUUUUAUGCAGUACCAUGUGAUUUUAGCUCUGUAGCAUAACUUGAAGUCAAGUAAUGUGAUUUGUCCAGUUUUGUUCUUUUUGCUUAAUAUAGCUUUGGUUAUUCUGGUUCAUCCAUAUAUUUUUAUAAGCCAUCAAACCUCAGACAAGAUAAUUAAAAAUGAAUUGAGAUACAAAUGCCAUGGGACAUCAAAGAUCAAUAGAAAAUCUGAAAAGUAGGUAGAGAAAAAAGAUUAUGUGAAAAGGAAAAACUGUCCAAACGACAAUCUGAUUUUCAACAGACAAAAUCAAAGCUAGAAUUCAAUGGAACAUAACUUCAGUGUGUUUCAAAAGAAUUAGCAGAACUUCAUAAACAGAAAUUAAAGAUAAUGUUUUCUAGAUAAAAGAAAAAGUACUGAAAAUACAAAGUUGAACAUUCAGGAAGGUAUAAGAAUAGCGAAAGUGGUAAAUAUGUACAUAAUUCUAAAUCAAUUUUGAUGGUAUAAAAUUAAAGUGUCUUCUUGGGUUAAGGGUAUAUUUGAUAAGAUACAUACAAAUAGCUAUAUGUAGACCGGAGGUAAAGGUAAAAAGAGUAAAAUUAGUUAAAUUAUCUUUUGGACUUUUCUGUCUGUGAAGAGAAUUCAAAAAUCAUAUUCAAUGACCCUGUAAAUCUACCAGUAGUUGGAUAUUCACAGGAAUUGCAUCAAAUGAUAUAUGAAAGCAUGCUCAUAGUAGCAUUAUUCAUGACUGCUCAAAAAGGAAAACCCUCCAAAUAUACAUCAACUAAUGAUGGAUGAGUCACUACAGUAAAUCUAUACAAUGGAACAAUAUAGAUAAGUGAAAAGAUAUAAAUUACAGAUACAUGUGACUAUGUGACUAAAUUUCAGAUAAGAUCAGGUACAUUCAGAGUGGUAUGGCCACAGACUAAGUGACCAAAUUUCAGAAACAUAGUAUUGAGUCCAAGAAGCUAUGAACAAGAACCUACAGGACUACACCUAUGUAUGAUAUAAAGUUGAGAGUUGAGAGUUGCAUACCUAGUUGGUAAGGCAUAAAGAACACCAAGGAAAUUAUCAUCAUAAAUUAUGGGUAUUGCUUACCACAGGAGAUGUGAAGAAACAUUUAGGGGCUUGAAAAGCAGCAUGGGGGUAGCCCUAGGCUCUUUGUAAUGUUCCACGUCUUGCCCUAUGUGAUGGUUACAUGAAUGCUUAUGAUACAUUGCUGUGUUUACCAUUUUUAUUUUGACUCAUUUCCAAGUGUGCAUUAUACUUUUAUUUGAAAAUUAUUUAUUAGGAGAAGUGCACCAUAAAAAUUAUUGAUUACUUUGCUCAUUAUAUACCUAGGAAAAAAUUCACCAUUUAUGUAUCUUUAUAUACAACUCUAAGAGGGUUGAAGUAUGAACUUUAUUUUAGCUACAACAUGUAGAAAUAAGAGGAGAAGUUACCUGCAGUACACAGAUCUUUCUAAAGGUGUUUUCUACCUUUAAUUAUCUACCUUGCAGGUCAAAACUUUGUCAUUCUUCAUCUAUUUUUCUUUUGGUUCCUGUGUUCCCGAUACAACAAGUGUGGGACAUAUUUCCCACACUCUUGAUUUAGCAGAGUACCUAUAUCAAUUAGGUUUUUCUACCAGAGAAACCUCCACAAAACUACGUUACAUAUUGAUAUCUCACAUAUCUUUGGAUUCAGCUUUCCUAAGCUGGGUUUGGUGGAUGGCUCUGGUAAUUUGAGAUGGGCCAAGUUCUGCAUCUUGGAACUAGUUAGACUUUGACCAAUUUAGGCUGGAUCAGGCAGAAGCAAACUGACUCCAUUAUUUUCUCAUUCUUCUUCUGGGAACAGUGUAGUAGCCAGGUGAUGUUCUCAUAAUAAACAGAAAAGAAAGAGAAACUCCAGUUUGGAUGCCAUCUCAAAUCUGUGUGGAGUUUACCAAUUUUCCAUUAAUCAAAGCAAGUUAUGUGAGUUCAUUGAGUCCAGGAGCAAGGUAGUCACCCUGUCUGUGGUGAUAAAAUACUGCAAGAUUAUAUGUCAAAGAAUGUGAUACUCAGAAUAUUUCUAAAAGUGAUGAAUAUUUUAAUAAAAUAACAAAUAUUUAGGCAUUAAAUAGACGAGAGGAGUAACUUUAUUAGAGGUCUAAGCAUGAGAGAUAUAUUUGAUAUAUUUUUAUGGGUUAAAAAUCCUGAGUGGGAAAAAAGGACUAAUUUUACCAGUAUGAUCUCCUGGAAACUCAUUUUCCAUUUUGUAAAUUAUUUUGAAAAUUCCUUUUUUUCUGGAGGGGUGUGUGUAUGUGUGUGUGUCUGUCUGUCUGUGUAUGUUUUAUGAGCUUGUUAACAAUAAUGUCUUACAAAAGUACUGGUUUGCAGGAAUAAGACAUAUUGACCUUCCCAUGGUUCUCAAGAAAACUUUGGAUGAUUUGGAUUAAAAAUUUUGGAUUUUGUCUAUUUAAAUCUAGCAUAAAAUUGGUCAUGGUGAUGAUCCUAGUUAUGACUAAUCUCCCUUUAAGAAUUUAGACAUUUACUUUUUGAACUGUGUGGUAAAAUUUCCAUAACCAGUAGCUAAAGUUGCUGAACACAAAUUAUGGAGAUGUGAAAAGAGGAAAACAUUGCAAAACAUUGAAAGAGAAUACGUUUUUAUUUGCAUGCUGGCAAAUGAAAAUUCAGGCUUCACUUCAACUUCAGUUGAAUUUUUCAGGUCUCUAACAAGAAUAGUCAUUGAAUGAAUGAGUUAAGUUGAGCUGUUUGAACAUUAGAAUGUUUUCCAUAAAUACAUUUUUUGAACUCAUCCAUUAGCAUAAACUGGUACUUUCUUGUUUGACACUGGUCACAGUAUUUGAAAAUAAAAAGAAUGUUACUGCAGAUUCAGAAAUCAGGUGCACAUAAAAUUUAAGGUCAGGGUAUUAAAGGAAUCACAGCCAGUGUUGUUAGGCUUUCAGUUUUUCUAUCUUUUUGUCUGUUCCAACAUGGUAACUUUUCUAUCCAUCACUUUUUCCAUUCUAGUAGUGGUUACAUUUGUUCUUGCAAAUUUUGCUAAUGGCUUCACAGCAUUGGUAAAUUCCACUGAGUGGGUCAAGAGACAAAAGAUCUCCCUUGCUGACCAAAUUCUCACUGCUCUGGCAGUCCCCAGAGUUGGUUUUCUCUGGGUAAUAUUACUACAUUGGUAUGCAACUGUGUUUAAUCCAGGUUUGUAUAGUUUAGAAGCAAGAAUUACUAAUAAUAAUGCCUGGGCAGUAACUAACCAUUUCAGCAACUGGCUUGCUACUAGCCUCAGCAUAUUUUAUUUGCUCAAGAUUGCCAGUUUCUCCAGCUUUAUUUUUCUUCACCUAAAGAGGAGACCUAAGAGUGUCAUUCCAGUGAUACUAUUUGGGGCUUUGUUAUUUUUGGUUUGUCAUCUUGUCAUGAUAAACAUGGAUGAGAGUAUGUGGACAAAAGAAUAUGAAGGGGGAGGCUGAGGCGGGUGGAUCACGAGGUCAAGAGAUCGAGACCAUCCUGAUCAACAUGGUGGAACCCCGUCUCUACUAAAAAUACAAAAAAAUUAGCUGGGCAUGGUGGCACAUGCCUGUAAUCCCAGCUACUCAGGAGGCUGAGGCAGGAGAAUUGCCUGAACCCAGGAGGCGGAUGUUGCCAUGAGCCGGGAUCGUGCCAUUGCACUCCAGCCUGGGUAACAAGAGAAACUCCGUCUCAAAAAAAAAAAAAAAAAAAAAGAAUAUGAAGGAAAUGUGAGUUGGAAGAUCAAAUUGAGUGACACAACGCAUCUGUCUGAUAUGACUGUAAGCACGCUUACAACCUUACUACCCCUUACUCUAUCCCUGACAUCUUUUCUCCUGUUAAUCUGUUUUCUGAAUAAACGUCUCAAGAAGAUGCAGCUCCAUGGCAAAGGAUCUACAGAUCUCAACAUCAAGGUCCACAUAAAAGCUUUACAAACUGUGAUCUCCUUCCUUUUGUUAUUUAUGUUCUGUCCCUAACCAAGUCAAUUUGAUAUCUUAGAAGAAUGCUGCAGAAUGAACCAAUCCUCAUGCUCUGCCAAAUUACUGCAAUUAUAUAUCCUUCAUUUCAUUCAUUCAUCCUAAUUUGGGGAAGCAAGAAGCUAAAACAGACCUUCCUUUUGAUUUUGUGUCAGAGUAGGUGCUGAGUAAAAGACCAGAAACUCUCAAGUUUCUGGAUUCACGAGUGGGACAUCCUGUGUCUCCAAGACGAAACAAACUGAUGGUGUCUGGAAUGUUUUAUACUUUCUGCUGGCUUUUUUGUAGUGUAUGUCUUUCAGUAAUUUCCAAAAGUAGACCUAGAAAAGUCUUUUACCUAAAGUUAGUCUAAAAAAGUAUCUAUAUAUGCAUGUGUAUGUAUAUAUGAAACACUUAAGAGACAGUGACAAUAACAUUAUCUUAAUCAUUUUUUUACAAACUGCCAAAUUAUAGAAAAUAUGCUAAGAAAUUUUGCAAAAUCAUGAAGCCAUGUGUAUUUCACAUAUAUAUUUCAUAUUAUCAUGUCCUAUUUGAAAAAUUUAUGAUCUCCAUUUAUAAUUGUUAAGAACUUACAGCUUAGUUCACAAAAUGUUGCUCUUUUCCACUGUUAUUUGUAUCAUACAUGUGUAGCAUAGUGUGCUUAAACAUUAUGUGAACAUCUAGUUUUUGGGAUGGUAUGAGAAUUCUAUUCUAAGUCAAUAAUGAGGUGUUAUCUUUGGGGUAGUUUCUAUUUCAUCAUGAAUUCUAAUUUUAUGUUUAGUUAAAAGCAAGUAAUUAUUGUUGGAAAACUAUGCUCAAAAUUCAAGG